GUCCACGAGCCCAAGAGAGCUCCCCGUUUUCAGUUAUUCAGAUUUUCACUAUGAGCUUGUCACAAAAGAAGAAGACGAUUGCGUGUAUUGGGGCCGGCUACGUGGGUGGCCCAACCAGUGCCGUACUUGCGCUCCAGAUUCCCGAGAUCGACGUUUACGUCUUGGACAAAAGCGAAUCGCGAGUCGCGUCAUGGAACUCUGAACGGCUACCCAUCAGCGAGCCCGGGCUAUACGAUGUAGUCCGGGCGACCCGGGAACGGCCUAAAUCGAACCUCUUCUUUUCAACUGAUAUAGGAGGUGUGAUUCCCAAGGCAGACAUCAUCUUCAUCUGUGUUGAAACCCCUUCCAUACUGGAGCGGGGUGGCGACGACGUUGCCGGGGCGGCGCCAGAUCUCACAAGCUUCAACGUCGCAGUCCAACGCAUAGGAAGCCUGGUUACAAAGAACGCCAUCGUGGUCAACAAGAGCACCGUCCCGUGUGGAUCGGCCGAAGAGACUGCGCAGCUGCUUCAGUCACGGAUGUGUCCCGGCAUCAAGUGCGAGGUCCUCUCGAACCCGGAGUUCUUGGCCGAGGGCACUGCUGUUGAUAAUCUGCUAAACCCAGACCGCGUCUUGAUUGGGUGCUCCUCAUCAAAGGCUGGCAAAGACGCUGCUGCUGUCUUGGGUGGACUGUACGCCAGAUGGGUGCCGCGGGAGCGCAUCGUGACCAUGGACACCCGCUCCAGUGAGCUGGCCAAACUUGCUGCCAACAUGUUCCUAUCUCAGAGGAUCAGCAGCAUCAACGCCCUGAGCGCCAUGUGCGAUGAGCUUGGCGCAGACAUCACCCAGGUCUCGCGUGCGUGUGGUCUGGACCAGCGCAUCGGUCCUCAUAUGCUUCGGGCAUCCAUCGGAUUCGGCGGCAGCUGCUUUCAGAAAGAUGUGCUACAUCUCGUCCACACCGCAAAGAGCCUCGCGCUCGACGAGGUUGCCGGGUACCUUGGCAGCAUCGUGAGCCUGAACAGACACCAGACCGAGCGUUUGGCGAGAAGAAUGCUUCAACGCGGCGCCAGCGGUGCGGGACUCGAGACCGUGGCGGUUCUCGGGUUUGCUUUCAAGCCAAACACCGGCGACACCCGCAAUUCACCGUCCAUCUCGUUCGUCCGGAGCCUGAUUCUUAAUGGCGUAUUUGUCAAGGUGUUUGAUCCUAUUGUGCCCAAGUCGAUCAUCUUGGGCGACGUCAAGUCCAGCCUCUAUGGCCUGGCCUUUAUAGCCGAUUCUCGUAUAGCUGUGAGCGAAUCCCCCUACGAAGCAUGCGGCGGUGCAAACGCGGUUGCGAUAUUAAACCCUUGGGAUGCUCUGCAAUACGACGUCGAUCAGGGUGCUUCAGGCAAGUCGCAUUGCAAGGCCCUGUUCCACGAGUCUCUAGUCCGGUGGGAGAAUAUUGCACGUUCAAUGAAGCAUCCCAAGCUUUUGUUUGACGGUCACAACUUUCUCAACCAGCAAAUAACGUCGCUAGGCUUUCAACUUGAACGCGUUGGUCGAUUGUCACCGGCUAGGGCCACACGUCUUCGGAAUACUUCUUUGACCAGGUUUUUGCCUCGGGCAUCCCUUUAG